AUGCUUUGCUUCCAGAGUGUUCAGCUACCCUUUGCUGAUACAUGGAAAUAUGGUAUUUUGGCCCUGUCCAUUCUUCUGCUGUUGGUGGCAUUAAUCAUUUUAACCUGUCAGCUCUGUGAACACCAGAAACUCAGCAAAACCAGGAAAGAAAAAAAAUAUGUCGAUGAAGCUUGCAAUGGGAUAACACAAGAGAAUGGCUUCCUGGGGAAAAGAAUACAGUCAUCUUUCCUUGACAUUGCACAAUAUCCCUAUUACAAUCUCAAGAACCAAAGAAUCCAAAAGGAGCUUAGGAAACUUGGGAUUGUCCUUUCGCCAGCCUCAGCCAGUAAUGAUAAUAAGGAUGUUCCCGACCCAAUCCAGGGCAAACUGAGGUUCUCACUUCUCUACAACAAAAACCGCCUGGAACUGCUCUUGAUGGUCACAGGAGUGCUGGGCCUUCCCAGCCAAGGAUGCAGGAACAUUUUCAUCCAGGUCAGGCUGCUGAGCUGUGCAUCCUCCCAGUCCGUUGGACUCCAACACAUUGUCCAUGAAUGGCAGACUCAGGUGAUCAGGAACUGUACCAGCCCUACUUUUGGUGAUCAGUUUGCUUGCACCCUGCAGGAGGCUGAGUUGGCAAAGAGCAGCAUCAAGUUAGAGGUUAAACACUUUGACAGAUAUUCCCGGCAUAUGCCUCUGGGAGAGGUGAGGGUAGCCUUGAAUGCAUUAAAGACUUUCCAAAGUAUGGAAUUUUGUGAAGAAUUGCACAGAGCAACAAAGGACAUUGUUGGAGAGGUGCUUGUGUCACUGAAGUGUCUCCCUCUUUCUCAGAGGAUAGAAGUUGGGCUGCUAAAGGUUAAAACUGUCUCCAUGUACAAUAGUCCGGAAAAAUGUAUAUACGCAAGAAUCGAUGUCUUCUGGAACCUCCAUAAGCAGCGGCACCAGAAAUCCAAACCCAAGAUUCUCACGUCAGUUACAGUUUUCAAUGAGACUUUCCUCUUCCACCUUCCUGAGCCUGUCGUGUGGGACUGUGUUGUCCUCAUCUCCAUUUACAAGAUGCAUCCCAGUAGCAGGCAGCUUGUUGGACAAGCUGCUCUGGGGAAAAGAGGACCUGGUGAAAGGAAUUAUCACUGGGAUUGCAUGAUGCAGGCAAUCCAGCAGCCUGUAGCUAAGUGGCAUCCUCUGCUCAUUUAAAGGGAGG